UCAACGAAUCAUGAUCCCAACCCUCCUCCUCUCCCUCCUCCUCUCCCUCCUCUCCCCCUCCUCCGCCGAUGAUUUCUGCGUCGCUGAUCUCUCCCUUCCCACCACUCCCGCAGGCUACUCCUGCAAGAAACUAUCCACCGUCACCGCCGACGACUUCGUCUACUCCGGCCUCCGUUUUCCCGGAAAUCUUACAGAUCCCUUGUUCCAUUUCUCAGUGAACCCCGGCUCCUCCUCCCAGAUUCCCGGUCUCAACGGCCUCGGCAUCUCCAUCGCCCGCAUCGACAUCGCUAAAGACGGCGCCGUCCCUCUCCACUCUCACCCCGACGCCAGCGAGAUCUACAUAGUCACACGGGGCACCGUGAUUGCUGGUUUCAUCUCCUCCAAUACUGUCUACUCUAAAAGCCUAUUUAAGGGAGAUGUGAUUGUGUUUCCUCAAGGCCUACUUCACUUCCAGGUAGAGGCGGGCCACGAGCCGGCGCUGGGAAUUUCUGCAUUUAGUAGUUCGAACCCGGGACUGCAGUUUACGAGCCGUUCGAUUUUUGGGAACUCUUUGCCGUCGAAGUUAGUGGAGAAGGUGACUUUACUCGAUGAUGGGGAGGUGAGGAAGCUGAAGAGGGUGUUUGGGGGGAGUGGAUGAGGGCUAGUACGCUAGCCGGAACUGUGGAGUUGAUCUUGAAUAAUGAGCUGUUUGA